CAGCCUUACCUCUAAAUACAAGCUGGUGACUUCCUCGUGAGCCUGGUACUGCUCUGAAUCCAGCUUCUGGCUGGGGAUGGUGGGACAAGACUGCUGGGCCACAGAGAGAACAGCUGCCAGCUGAUGCCUGUGGGAUACAGCUGGGAAGACAGGAUCAUCAGGCUUAUAGGAACAUAAAUUCUUGCUAAAAUGGCACUGGCCAGUUCGAUUCCUAGCAAAGCAGCACCACCACACUCCAGAAAAGUUUCUGCAGCAGGGGUGGAAGCGCACCAGAGCAAGAUGGAUUUUUUCUGCAAGCUGGGCUAUGGUAAGCAGGACAUCUGCAAAGUGCUGGAGAACCUGGGCCAAGAGGCCCUGGAGGAUGAUGUGCUGAAAGAGCUGAUUCGGAUGGGGAGCAGACCUCAGGCUCUGGAGAACCAGGCUCAGCCUUCCCAGCUGAAGCUGGUUGCCCGAGGAUUGUGCAGCCCCUCACCGGGGCCGAAGUGGCUUGGAGAAGAUGAAAGUGAUUCUUCUGAUUCCCUGAGGCCCAUUGUGAUCGAUGGCAGCAAUGUUGCAAUGAGUCAUGGAAACAAGGAGGUGUUCUCCUGCUGGGGGAUCCAACUGGCGGUGGAUUGGUUUCGAGAGAGGGGGCACACUUACAUCAAGGUUUUUGUCCCACUGUGGAGAAAGGAACCCCCUCGACAAGAGAGCCCCAUUGCAGACCAGCACAUCCUUGAGGAGCUGGAGAAGCAAUCCAUCCUGGUGUACACACCCUCUCGGAAGGUGAAAGGCAAGAGGGUGGUUUGCUACGACGAUCGCUACAUAGUGAAAGUUGCUUACGAGAGGGACGGAGUCAUUGUUUCCAAUGACCACUACCGGGAUCUCCAAAAUGAGAACCCCGAGUGGAAAUGGUUCAUUGAGCAGCGACUGCUCAUGUACUCUUUUGUCAGUAACAGGUUUAUGCCUCCCGAUGAUCCACUAGGCCGGCAUGGACCCACCUUAAGUAACUUCCUCAGCAAAAAGCCAGUGCUUCCUGAGAAAAAAUGGCAGUCUUGCCCUUACGGUAAAAAAUGCACCUAUGGCAAUAAAUGCAAAUUUUACCAUCCAGAGAGACAGCAUCAAGCUCAGCUUUCAGUUGCUGAUGAGCUCAGGGCCAAAACAAAGGGGAAAGAGGAGGAGAGGGGCCAGUGCUCACCGUGCGGUGCCUGCCCAGGAGCUCUGCGGGCAGCCAGAGGCUGCUCCGGGCCUUCCCGCUGCCCAGGCAGGGCCCAGGGGAGCUGCUCGGAGCAGGCAUUCCGGGCCUGGCCCAGCAGUCCCGGCUCUGACCUGCGGCUGGAGCAGCGCUUGCCGCAGCCAGAGCCGCUCCUGGAGAAGAUGUCGGCAGUGUCCAUCAGCGAGGACACCUACGGCUGCGGCUGGUCCUGGUGCACCUCUGGGGACACGGCGGUCAUGGACGGCCUCAGGCACAAGCUGCUCGCACUUCAUCACCCCGAGGCCCUGGAGUGCCCCGGCUGUGCCCGCUGUCCCUUCCAGGGCAGGGCGCAGGGCGGGCUGUGCCCGGAGCGUGGCUGGGCCCAGGAGCGCCAUGGCGGGCACGGAGCAGGCCGCAGGAGCUCCUUCCCUCACGGCGCUCGGCACCAGCAGGCCCUGCAAACCCAGCGCCCUCCUGUGCCGCAGGGCACGGCUCUGUCCCCCCACGGGCUUCCCCCGUACGGGCAGCCCCAGCCCCAGCCCCGUAUCCCCAGCCAGCCCCCGGGACAGCCCUUGUCCUUGGAGCCCAGCAAGGGAACGGGCUUAUUCCAGAAAUCCCAUGCUUACUCCGAUGCCUCUUACAGGGACUUCUGGCCCACCCCCGCUGCAAGGCCACCCUCUGCCCGGCAAAUAAACAUGCACAGGGAGCCCUGCUCCCCUUAUCCUUACGGUGGGAUGAGCCAGGUCAUGACUUUGUACCCCAGUAUCCAGGAUAAGGGGACCGGAGCACCUCCCCUAUGAAGACAAACUCGGGAAGCUGGGACUGUUCAGCCUGCAGAAGAGAAGUUUGCAUGGAGACCUCAUAAAAACCUUCCAGCAUCAGAAGAGAGCCUACAAGGAAGCCAGAGAGGGACUCUAAAUCAGGAACUCCAGUGAUAGUACACAGGGGGAUGGCUUCAAAUUGAGACAGGGGCAGCUGUGCCAAGGAUUAAGAAGAGCUCCCAAAGCCAAGCAUCACACUGCCUUUCCCCCCGUCACCCCCUCAAACCCAGCAGCAGCUCAGUUGGAUUUUCUACUGAACACCCUAGUUCUUCAAAACCUUAAUACUCAGGAAUAUUCAUAGUAGAAAAGAUGCAUGCACCUCCAAAUGCUUCCUCAAUUGCAGUGGAAUUGCACAACAAACACUGCAAGAGGCCAGACUGCUGCUGUGGAUCAGACAGACAAGGACCUGCACGACUUUCUCCAAGCUACCAAACAAGUCUGUGACAGGGCACCAAACCACAAGCCAUCAAAUUUCAAGCUGGGUGUCCAGUGACAGCCUCCAAUAUUCUCUCUACGACAGCAACUAUAAACUACAGACAUUGGAUACCAAAAAGCUUUCCUUGCUGGCAGAAAAGAUGCCACGUGACAAUCUUUUCAUAACUGUGUCAGGUAUCUCUGUCAGAAGACAGUAUAUUCUUUCCUCAGGUUAUCUUUAAAUUUUAUUUCUGGCCCCAAAACACAGAGGGAAGGAAAAGGCUCAUGAAAAAAACCCAAAAGAUAAAUCCUACUUCUAACCCAAAUGUGCACUCUAGCUACUGGGCAGCUGCAACAAAACAUAGGAAACUUGGCCUGAGUGGUUGUUCAAGUAUCUAAUUAGAGAUGGAGAAAAAGAAAACUGAAAAGACAGAGGCAGAGAUGAAGGCACAUCGAAUGGCAAAAUCCUGGGAUCACAUUCUGCACACUGCCAAAGCACAAGACCAGAUCACCUUUUAGAAGCUGAGCCAGUGACACAGCAAUAUUGCUGAGAUGGACAAACCAAGGGCCAGGCUGGACUGGGCUUGGAGCAUUCUGGUCCAGUGGAAGCUGUCCACACCUAUGGCAGAGCAAGUUGGAACUAGAGGAGCUUUAAGGUCCCUUCCAACCCAAACCAUUCAAAGAUUCUCCAAUACUUUUGGCCAAGUGCUUUGUAAGGCCUAAGUAUUUCACACUUUUUCACUACUGUCCACAGGCUCACAGCCAGCACCAGCCCCAGAGCAGUGGGAUGGGACAAAAUGCACCCAAACAUUUCCUCCUGCCAAACAGCAGCUCCCCAGAUGGAGCAACACUAGCUCUCCAUGACAAUAAAGGAAGACACAAAGCAAGUAUAAACAAGAGCACAGCUGCAAAAAGAUUCUGUAAAAAAUAAAUCCAUCCAUCCAUCCGUCCAUCCAUCCAUCCGUCCAUCCAUCCAAUUUUGUUCUACACAGGAUACAACCCGUGAGAAGGCAAAUAUUAAAAAUAAAUUAAAAAGACAAACUGACAAUCAAAAAAGGGCCCCCAACUUACUAUUUACAGCUAACUAUGAAGUACAGAACUGCUACCAUGAAUAGUAGAUUGUAAGUGAAAUAUUUUUUUAUAUCAGCUGAUAAGAGACAUCACGUACAUGCAAACAUUACAAGCUUUGCUUGUCAUCUUAGAUCAACAUAAAAUUGCUAUAAAACAAAUUCUUUAAAUAAAGCUUUUGGGACAGUAACUUUUGUCAUUAAAUUUUCAUUACAUACACACAUUCACUCUCUCCUCUGAAUCAUGUUUCCGUCACCUCAGAAGAGCUAUCAACAUUCAUUAACCUCUUUCAAACUCACUUCUAGAUUUACCACCCAAAUUAGGAAACACCGCUUUUAUGGGUUUAUUGUUGCAAUACGAUGGUACAAAGCUAACCCAGAACCAAUGAUACAUGGGCUGUUCUUUUGAGAGCACAAAGGAAUUCUCUCUUUUAAGGAAUCAGUGUCCAACCUCCAAAACCACAGAGGCUGAAUAACCCCUCAUGAAUAACAUGCAGGCACCUCUUCCCUUUUGUGAGUAAGCAGCUGUGUGCCAGCCAGACGAGGAACUGCAGGGACUCACUUCCAACUUCCUUCCCUCAGGAAAACCUUGGGAAUUUUUCCUUGGCACAUCAUGAAACGUGGCAAAUGCAAGACCUCGGCAGACAAUGGAGACAUGGCUGUCCCUGCCAGCAGAUGCAGUGGUGACACCAGCAUUUCUCUCACGUAAUGUCCCAAGUUCCUGACUCCAACAAAGCCUAUCCAGCUCUGAGGCCUUCUGCUGGACACAUUUUAUUUUGCAUGUUACAGCUGGGUGCAGGGAAAGCAACAGCACCUGCUGCUGUACACAGAGAACAAAGGGCACAGAAUUCCUCAGUCCAUUUCCUUGACGUCUCCAACACUGCAUUCUUUAGCCUUGGACCUUCCAUCACUUGCAAGGGGAACCUGAAUUUAAGUAAAGUUUAUAGGCUUUAUAAACUGAUAAGGUCUGCUGAUAUCUACUAAUACUAAAAGCACACACUAAAAUGCUUAAUAUGCAGCAUCUCCAUUUGUUACCAUAUCAGCUACAUCAAAAUUAUUUUGGCACCAUGCCCCUGUAAACAGUGUGAAAAAAAGCAGUGACAGAAUUCAAAGCCAUAACAAUGUACCCCCUGAAAAAGUGGAACUGUUUUUUAAAGUAACUUCAAAUGCUUUAGUAGUACUUUAAUUGAGAUGUUACUUUUCACCUUUAAAAUCUGCACUCACAUGUGAUAUGAUAGCGUUUUGUUAUUUUAAAUGAACUCGCAAAUCAUAGGCAGUUUGAACCCCUGUAGAUAAUCAAUCAUUUUGGCUCAAAGUCCUCUGUACGUACACACGGGUAUCUGCAAAUCAAAUCCAUGAAGAGAACAGGACACUGGGAAAAAUAAUCAGCUAAACUCAUGCCUGCAGCAGCACUGCACUGGCUGAAGAUUGUUAUAUUUUGAUUAAAUAUUAAAAUAUUUAUUUUGUGAUGAAAGCAUAAUUAUAUGCACUGCUGAAAAUGAACGUCUGAAUUCUUGACUGAAUCAAGAACUUCCGAGACUUUUACUCAGUGCCUCUGAAGGCAGCACUGUUUGAGUUCUACUGUAGAUGCCAUCCAUACAGAACUGCAGAAAGAAAAAGAAACAAAUUAAAACUAAAGAAUCAUAUCAAAAAGUCAAAAUUGAAUUUUCAAUGUUCACCACCACUCCCAAUUGCUCCUGCAGCAUUUAAGCUUGUUAUAGAGCCUGAAGCUCCCAAACAUUUCAUACUAACUCUUCCUGUUCUCUCUCCAUACUUUUAAAGUAUUUUACACAAAAUAUGAACCUCACAAGGCAUUCUGGACUACAUAAAAUCAAAGACUGUUCCUCAAAAUUAGCAAUAAAAGAGCUAUUCAAGCAGACAGGCUUGAAAAAGGAAUGCACUAUAAUUAUUCCACUCUGUGCCAAUGAAAGUAAUCUAAAGUUUAAUUUGUAUUUGCUGUUCAACUGAUCAGGGCAUUUUUAACAAAUAUGAGAUAAAAUAUCAAAUUAUUUUCUUGCUAAAGUUAUAAUUAAACAUAAGUAAUAACUGCUGCACAUUCACAUGCUGCACUACAUAUCCUGUUAACCAUACCGAAAAGUUUCUGCCACUGCUUUGUAGCAAAACUCCCAUUUUAGAAUACCAAAGAAUAUUGAAAAGAGUAAAUAGUAGAUUACAAUAGAUGACUUUUCUCUAAUAUCUCUUCUACAUCUUUAAUCAAGUCUUCCUUUAAUUUGUGUCCAGGCUCCAAUAUAUAUUCAAGUGAGAGGAAUUUGACUGAAGGAAUAUAGCACUGAUAAGGACACUUUUCCCGCAGUCUUCUACAAAACACGCUGAAGGUAGACAUUUCAAGACCACAAAACUGAUUAAAUCCACAUAAAUAAAGCAAAUAGACAGGCAUGAAUACUGACCACACAGUUUUAUCAUUAGCUUGAGACUGAAGAUCUUGAAUCUCACAAUUAAACCGAAUUUCACGGGUGCCACACCUGGCCACGCUCCUGGACAACAGAACAGCUCUACUGAUUGGAGACUGCACAAGACAAACCUUUUUCUAACACAUCUAUAAAGCAGCAAGGUGACCUGAAGUCAGUUCCACAGAGCUGAUGUCACACAGCAGCCCAGUCAGUACCACCUCUGUUUUGCUGCUACAUUUCUAAAGCUAUCCCAGUUCUGAAACCUGACCAAGUGAUAAUCUUAAGCAUUCACAAAAGUAAACAGGAGCAUCUCUGAAAGCCAAGAAGGGUACUCCCUUCUGCCCACACAUGUACUUUUUUUAGAGAGAUCCCUGAAAAGACAGUACAGGAAAGUAAAAACCAUAAAUCAGCAUCCAAGAUAAAGUACAAAUGUAAAAACACAAGGUGCAAGUAUUUAUUGUUUUAUGUUCCACAAGGAAAAAAAUUCCAGCAGUGAAAUCUAGUUCUAGUUCAUCCCUCAAACUGAAACCCAUGACACACUACAUCGAUAUGGCACUAUCUGAUGAUAUACGUGACCUGAAGUACACAAAGAAUAUAAACCUCUUGAAGGGGAAGGUAAAAGUCUGGAAUAGACACUGGAAACAUAAUUUCUCUUAUCCCACUGUUUCAGGAUCAGUUACUGAAAAGGCUGUCCAAUACAAACUCAUCUUGAGCAGACGGCUCUGCACACCUAGUUGGAAAAAGGAUGCAAAUAUUUUUUUCCCUUUGAAAAUAAACACUCAAAUUCAGGGAAAAGAUUAAUUACGCAUUUCACAGAAUGAGCAGGAUUCCAUCUCACCUAUUUCUCCAAAUAUGCUCUUUCCAUCCCUCAGAUGACUGGUGUUUCUAUUAUAAAUUCAGUCCCACUCACUCCAACCACUAUUUCUCAUGUUGCAGAUUAUGGACCACUAGUUGAAUAACAGGCAUUAAGGAUUUUUUUCUCUGCAUCUGUAGCUAAUUUUUUUUUUUGGUAAAUCAGUUUAUAGAUGUCCCCUGAAGGCCUUUUAUACAGCAUCAGUAUGUCUCAGGAAAGCUCAAUUCCACAUAACAAAUAUCUACUUUGACGGGGUCCAUGUGGGAAAGACAUGUCAAGAACACUCCACAUCUCACAGCAUUUAUAUCCAUAGCACCAAGAUACCAGUUUAACCAUAUUCAUCCUUAAACUUUGCUUAUAUCAAGUCUGUCAUCUGUCACCACAAAGCAGCUGCCCAUUUUGAUUUAGAAAAACAUUUUAAAAAUCAUAAACCACAGAAGCAGGAAGUAAAAACAGGCUGUGUCUAGCUUAUUGCUUUAUGAAUAAAUGAGUGGGUCUUGGUCAGAAAACAAUCUUGUCAGUGCAAUUUUACGAAAUACAUUCCUUAUGCUCACUGAAUUGGAAUUAAACAGAGUAACGCAUGGCAGGAGAGACAAGGUUCAACAAAACAAAGGCUUAAAUAAAAACUCUGGUCAUAAGAAAUCAGCCUACUUUUAAUACUGUUAAUGCUUAUUGUUCCGUUGAGUUUUCUGUUGCUCCACAGCAUAGAAAAAGCAAACAAAUCACAAAAGAAAACAUUAGAAUAUAUUUUUUUUUAAUUUUUAUAAAUAACUUAUCUGUUACAAAGGCAGUUUACCCAACUAAAUCACAAAACCAUCAACUCAAGAUAUCCAAAUUAAGUUUUAUUAAUAAACAGGUAAAAACUGAUUUGUCAAUCUUCACAUAGAACUGCAGAUGAAGCUGAAAAACAAGGCCUCAUUUUAUAAACAAAAUGCGUUGAAUGCAAGUGCUUUGGGUCUACUGCCUAAUUACCUGGGAUUGACAUUUUCUUCCCACAUAAAAAAAAUUGCAAAGCCUUCAAAACAAAGGCCUCUAUGCAUUCACAUAGAUCACUUGUAAAACUCCUAAUAAAAGUGUCCACUGGCAGACGUUUACAGUGGGUGACAGUCUACUUUGUCUCUUGCUACAUGGUUAGCACUCCCUCCAGCCUCACGCUAAGUGCUGCUGCUACAUAAUUCUUUGUGUGCCGUCUUUCAUGCAUAUUGUACUGGAAUUCCAUUUCCUUGAUCUCAGUUACAUACAUCCCCGAUCAUGUGAGUAU